AUGAAAAUCACGGAGAAGUUGCAGAAGCAGAGGGAGAAAUCCUCAAAACCCACGUUUUCCUAUGAGUACUUUGUCCCCAAGACCACUCAGGGUGUCCAGAACCUGUAUGAUCGUAUGGAUAGAAUGUACGAGUCGUCAUUGCCGCAGUUUAUCGAUAUUACUUGGAAUGCCGGAGGAGGAGUGCUAUCGCGGCUGUCGACCGAUUUGGUGUCAACAGCCCAGUCUGUUCUUGGACUGGAGACCUGUAUGCAUUUGACAUGUACCAACAUGCCGGUGUCUCGAAUUGAUGAAGCCUUGCAAAGUGCUUAUGACUCGGGCUGUCAGAAUAUCCUGGCUCUCAGAGGCGAUCCGCCGGUGAACUCUGAAUGGACGCAAGUGCAAGGCGGUUUCAAGUAUGCCAAAGACCUGGUCAAAUAUAUCAGGGCUAAGUAUAGAGACCAUUUCGAUAUUGGUGUAGCUGGAUACCCUGAGGGCCACCCAGGGGACGACACCGAUGACUCCGAGUUGAUCGACUAUUUGAAGCAAAAGGUUGACGCUGGCGCAAGCUUCGUCAUCACUCAGAUGUUCUACGAUGCAGACAUCUUCAUCAAAUGGUGCAAGAAGGUCAGGGAAGCCGGUAUUGAUAUUCCUAUCAUCCCUGGUAUCAUGCCUAUUACGACUUACGCAGCAUUUUUAAGAAGAGCCCAGUGGUGUGACAUCCACAUCCCAGAUGAAUUUAUGAAGCAGCUAGAGCCUAUCAAGGACGAUGAUCAACAGGUUCGUGAAACCGGUACUAGCCUGGUGGUGGACAUGUGCCAAAGGAUACUGGACAGUGGCUACGUUACUCACUUGCAUCUCUACACAAUGAACUUGGAAAAAGCUCCAUUGAUGAUCUUAGAAAGAAUGAACCUGUUGCCGGAUCAAGAGGAACUCGAUGGUGAGAACACACUGGCAAUGUUGCCUUGGAGAAAGUCCUUGAAUCCUCAACGCCGGAACGAAGAAGUUCGACCAAUUUUCUGGAAGCGCAGACCCUACUCCUACGUGGCAAGAACUUCGCAGUGGGCGGUCGAUGAGUUUCCUAACGGUAGAUUCGGUGACUCGUCCUCGCCAGCAUUUGGCGAUCUGGAUCUCUGCGGCUCUUCCUUGAUCAGACAGUCUGGUAAAAAGUCGCUUGAGUUAUGGUCAACGCCGAAGACGGCCGAGGAUGUGGCACAACUAGUGGUGGAUUUCCUAGAGAGAAAGGUCAGCUGCUUGCCCUGGAGUGACAUGCCGCUGAACCAUGAAGUGGACGCCAUCCUGGACGAUUUGAUCCAACUGAACAAGAAGCAGAUCAUCACCAUCAACUCGCAAACCCAGUUGAACGGCGUCAAAUCAAGCGACCCCGUGUUCGGCUGGGGCCCCAAGGACGGCUACGUGUACCAGAAGCAGUAUCUAGAGUUUCUGUUGCCCAGAUCGAAAGCCCAACGCCUGCACGACGCCCUCAAAGACGACGUGAUCCUGACGUACUUCGCGGUUGACGAUGAAGGCAAUCUGUCCACCAACCAUCCGGACGGUUGCAGAGCAAACUCGGUGACAUGGGGUAUCUUCCCGGGCAGAGAAGUCCUGCAGCCCACCAUUGUCGAGAAAGUGUCCUUCCUGGCCUGGAAGGAGGAGUUUUUCCACAUCCUCAAGGAAUGGAGACUGAACUUCCAAAACCACCAAAUCGGCGACAGCGCAGACCUGCUGACACAUUUGAUAUCCGACUACGUCCUCGUCAACAUUGUCGACAACGAUUUCAUCUCCCAGGACAACAAAAUCUUUGCAUUAUUGAACACCAUUUAA